AUGUCCCUCUCCCUCCUCACAGCCCAAUACUUCCAACAACUCGAUCCCCACCUCCUCACCUUCCCCGAAGACAACCACCUCCUCCACCCCACCACCCAAGAAACCAUCUACACCACUCUCUUCUCCGAAUCCCACGCCGCAAAUGAACAACCCCUCCCCCCACCCGCCUACCGCACGCGCGUGCUCAAGCGCCUCAUCACAAAACUAGAAUCCCUACUCUCCAACCCCGAGGAGGAUGAAAUCAACGAAUCCCUCCUCGAAGAAUACAGCACGCUCCUCACCCUCCCCAAACCCUCAUCAAUCGAACAAGCCCAACAACUCACAUACAUAACCUACACCGCGCCACCAGAAGAAGACGACCAUAACUCUUCCCCAUCCUUAUCGGAGACUACUGAGAGACGAACAAUCCUCACCUCCGAAUCCCGCUCCGCAAUCAUAACGGCCGGUACAACCGGCCACCGAACAUGGGAAGCCGCAUUGCAUCUGGCCACGUACCUCUCCUCCACGGCAGCAGGAAAGGCGCACAUCGCCGGGAAGAAGGUGCUGGAGCUCGGCGCCGGGACGGGCAUGGUGUCGAUGUUCUGUGCGAGGUAUUUGCAGCCGGAGGUGGUGGUGGCGACGGAUCGGGAGCUGGGGUUGAUGAGGCAGAUUAGGGAUUGUGCGGGACGGAAUGGGUUAGUUGGGGAGGGAAAUGGUGGUGGGGUGUUUAAGGGGUGGAUUUGGGAGUGGGGGAGGGAGUUGUCUAGGGGGAGUGGUGAGGAUGAUGAUGAUGAUGACGAACUGCAGCAGGUGGGAGAUGGUGAGAAGGUAGAGUUUGAUGUUGCGUUGGGUGCAGAUUUGAUCUACGACAUCGACCUCGUCCCCCUCCUGGUACAGACCGUCAAAUCCCUCUUUGAGAAAUACGCCGUCAAGGAAUUUCUCAUCUCCGCGACAUUGCGCAAUGAGCGGACGUUUGGGGCGUUUUUGGAUGCUUGUGAGGAGAGUGCGUUGAAGGUGGAACGGGUGCAGUUUGAGUCGCCCGCGGAGGAGCAUCAAAGGGGGUUCUUUCAUUCGACGGCUAUUCCGAUUAGGACGUAUAGGAUUACGGCGUGAUUCUAUUUCGG